AUGCAAAAUAUGUUUAUUACUCCUCAGCACAAUGGCUCAACCGCUAGUGGUUCAGUAGCCGCCAAGCCCACAGAUAUAUAUGAUUGCUAUUUGCAACCAGAUAACUACGAAGAGGAAUACGAGGAGUUAGAUGAUUACGAAGCGGACAAUUUUUUUGAAUCGUCGCAAUUACACCAUUUAGUUCACACUCAGCCGAUCCAUCUCGUCAAUAAACAGGAAAUAAUAGACUACAUGCCUCAGACACAGCAGCUGGUGGUGGAAGAAGAUCAGGAAAAGAAGGCUUUCAUUUCGCCCAUGAUGACUUCCAGAUCUUCGUCUAUGUCGUCGACAUUCUCCAAAAGGACGAGUGGUUUCAAGAAUUAUUAUGAUAGCAUACACGAGGAGAUGAACUCAGAGUACGAAGACUAUGAAGUCUUUUUUGGAGCCAAAGAACAAAACAAAUCGUUGUACUCGGCAUUUUAUUCCAUGCACAACCCGGAAACUACAGAAGCGUACCAUAAUGAUGCAAGCGUUCCCAGGACAUACGCAUGCGAGGACGCCGCAAUUGAUCUCUCCUCUCGUGAAAUCGCCGAGGAUGAAACCGCCUUGGAAACGACAGACCGGUCGUAUCACUACUCGAUACAGACGUCAAACGCAGUUCCUGCAGCGAGCUGCGUACAUCAACCUACUGAUGAAGAAAUUCAAUUUGUCAAGGCGGUCAAUCUGAAAUUAUCAAGGUAUGCUGGCUACUUCACAGCAGGCUCCAAGGAUCAAGAAUACUCGGAUAAAGUACGGUUCCAAGAGAUUUCUUACAAGUUCAGCAAGACUUAUUUCCAAUGA